AGCGUACUCUAUAGAAAGAUCGGUGAUCAAACUGAUGAAAAAAUUUUGUUUAUGUUUGAAUAUAUUUAAAGAAAAAUGACGGAAAAACCAACUGAAACUAAAACAAAAACAACAAAUAGUUUAAAGCAUAUUCCUAAAGAUGCUCAAGUAAUAAUGUCUAUAAUGAAAGAUAUGGAUAUUGAGGAAUAUGAGCCGAGAGUUAUAAACCAAUUACUUGAGUUUACCUACCGAUAUGUAACAUGUAUUUUAGAUGAUGCUAGAAUUUACGCGAAACAUGCUAAGAAAAAAGAAAUCGAUUUAGAUGAUGUUAAAUUAGCAAUAGAUAUGGUACUUGAAAAAUCAUUUACGACCCCACCAAGUCGAGAAACACUUUUAGAAUUGGCUCGUAAGAAAAAUAGUACACCGCUGCCAUUAUUAAAACCUCAUGCUGGAAUUCGUUUACCACCAGAUCGUUAUUGUUUAUCAGCGUGUAACUAUCGAAUGAAGCCAGCAACAAAAAAAGUAUUUCAGCAAAUAAAGGUGGUACCAUCAUUCGGGAAUCAACAAAACAUAAAAGGACCACAAAAACCAGGUAUUACUGUAUCGACUGUUUUAAAACGUACGGGUGCUUUACCACAAAUGACAAAAACACAAACGGUUACAAUACCAAAACCAGUUAUCAAAUUUUCAACAACCGCUCAACAAAAAGCAAUUGUUAAACCAAAAACACAAAUUAUUACGGCAACAACACCACAGAUUCAAACAUCCCAGGCAUCACAGAAUAGUAAUGUAAUUGGUGGUCAAACAUCUUCAAUUCAAAUGCCUAUGGAAACUGAUGAUGGUUCAACGAUGAAACGAAAACGAGAAGAUGAUGACUAUGAUGCGCCAUAAUAUAUUUUAUUUAAUUAAUUAAUG